AUGGACUUGGACGGCGGUGACUCUCCAUGGGGCGAUGUGCCCUCGCAAUCGACUAACAACCUCGCUGCGUCUCAGUCGGAAACUGAGGGAACAGGUGCAUUCCCACCGAGUCUAACUCUGAUGUGCGGGCUCAUGCUAACUCCCACGCUGCGCAGCCCAAGACCAAUCAACACAGCAAGAGACACCCCGUUCGACCGUCCUCUCGGUGAUAAGCCUGCUGAAAACAGCCCGACAGGCCUUGAACAAGCCCCCGUACCACCCCAGAAGGAGGCUUUUGCAAGCCGAAAUGUGCGCCCGGCAUCCACCACAUCCCAAACAUCCAGCGGGGCUGGAAUGAUGGAUUCAGUGAAUCUGGAAGAGGAUGGUACGGGCUUUCGGAACCCUCCACCAGUGCAGCCGCCAAGUGAUGUAGAAGCCUCGAAGAGACAACAGCAGCCGAGCGUCAGCGUGGAGAAAGCUGCCCACCCGACUUUUGAAAUCUCCGUCGGUGAUCCGCACAAGGUUGGCGAUUUGACCAGUAGUCACAUCGUGUACCAGGUUAGGACCAAGACAACUUCGAAAGCUUAUCGGCAGCCUGAAUUUACCGUGAGCCGGCGAUACCGCGAUUUCCUGUGGCUCUAUAACUCCUUGCACAGUAACAAUCCCGGCGUGGUUGUGCCUCCUCCGCCCGAAAAGCAAGCGGUGGGCCGAUUUGAUACCAACUUCGUGGAAUCGCGAAGAGCAGCCCUGGAGCGCAUGCUUAAUAAAAUUGCCGCUCAUCCUAUACUCCAACAUGAUGGCGACCUCAAAAUCUUCCUUGAGAGUGAGGCUUUCAACGUGGACAUCAAGAACAAGGAGAACAGGGAGCCAGAUCUGGGUCAAAGCAAGGGUAUGUUUAGCUCGUUUGGAAUCAGCGUGGGUGGAGGCGGAAAAUUCAUCGAGCAUGACGACUGGUUUCACGACCGAAAGAUUUACCUGGAUGCGCUUGAGAAUCAACUGAAGUCGUUGAUGAAGGCCAUCGAUACAGUUGUAGCUCAGCGAAAAGGACUGUCAGAGGCUGCUGGCGAGUUCUCGACCUCAAUACAAUCCUUAGCUGCCGUUGAGUUGUCUCCUCUUCUCUCAGGACCUUUAUACGGUCUAUCGGACCUUCAACUACGCAUCAAAGAAUUGUACGACCGUCAAGCGCAGCAGGAUGUGUUGACCCUAGGAAUCACAAUCGAUGAAUAUCUUCGCCUGAUCGGUAGCGUCAAAACAGCAUUCUCACAACGGCAAAAAGCCUACCACAGCUGGCACGCAGCCGAAUCAGAACUACAGAAACGCAAACACAGUCAGGAGAAGCUCCUCCGACAAGGCAAAUCGCAACAAGAUCGUCUUAACCAAGCCAAUGCAGACGUGGCCGACGCGGAAAGAAGAGUGCACCAGGCUAGGCUGCUGUUUGAAGACAUGGGCAGAUUGAUGCGAAACGAGCUGCAGAGAUUUGAGAAGGAGAAGGUGGAAGACUUCAAGUCUGGCGUGGAAACUUUUUUGGAGAGUGCCGUAGAGGCUCAGAAGGAGUUGAUCGAGUUAUGGGAAACAUUCCUGCUGCAGUUGGACGCGGGCGAGGACGGCAAUCCGUUCUAUCCGCCUGCGGGUGAGCAUAACGCCUCUGCAGAGUCGGCACCAGGAGCUCCUUCUGAAAGCACUGUAUCAACAGCUGAAGCGGCGUAAGGUCGUUUUAUUCCAUGUUCUGUAAAGAGGCGAGCAGCAGAUAUCCCUUAUUGUUUAUUCCUGUUUCUUGUGUGUAAGCUAUAAUAAACUUUAUGUUAUGGCAAAUUCUGGGCGUGCAAUCGACCUUCGCUCCAUAGUCGUGAUCCUCCUUAAGUUCAAAUUGCUCAAUGCAAAAUACAUCACACCCA